AAGGAAGGAGAGAGAGUGAGAGACGGAGAGAGAUAGAGAUGGACGGUUCAAACGUGCUGGUUGCUGAGCAGCAGCUUCGAUUCCCUCCCUAUAAAUACACUUGCUCCGCCUUCUCUCGCAUCUCAUUUUCCAUUUCUCAUCCUUUCUCCAAAGCAACGGUAGCGCCUUCGAAUCCUGCCAAUUACAAAAAGAAUCUCUCUUUUUCUCCUCUGUCCCCUUUCUUCUCCAUACUCUCCAAAAUGCCUUCCCAACCGGCUUCAGUUUUUCUCCUUGCAAACCGUGGACGGCCUUGGCUGCAAGACUCCUCCGCAUGUUACAAUGCUGUCACCAUCAACGGGCAAAGGCUGGCUGAAUUGCGUUCAGUGUUCCCUAGGUCACCUGCACUCAUUUCAUCUGUGCAGGACCUUUUCGAAUUCAUAUGUGCAGGCCCUCUGAUGAAAAAAAUGGGUAUGACUCAAGAGAUAGUGGCCGCAACUAUAGACAGGUGGCUGGAGUGCGGGCUUCACUUGUGCAGGUUGUUUGGGCUUAAUGAGCUGAACUUGACAACCUCCCAAAAAGCUAGAUUCUAUCACUACUAUAUACCGGUGUUCUUGUGGUGUGAAGAUCAGAUCCUUCACCAUAGGUCAAAUUUUCAAGAUGGGGAUGAGAUACCUCCUUUAGUGAUUGGUGUAAGUGCUCCUCAAGGUUGUGGGAAGACUACACUUGUAUUUGCUCUAGAUUAUCUUUUCCGAGUCACCGGCAGGAAAUCUGCAACAAUAUCUAUAGAUGAUUUCUACUUGACAGCCGAGGAUCAGGAUAAAGUGAGGAGUGAAAAUCCAGGAAAUUCUCUCCUAGAGUUGAGAGGGAAUGCUGGAACUCAUGAUUUGCCAUUCUCAGUAGAUAUACUGACGGGUUUAACCAAACUAACCAAAGAUGGCAUGAAAAUGAAGCUUCCUCGAUAUGAUAAAUCGGCCCAUGGUGGGAGAGGUGACAGAGCUGAUCCUUCGACAUGGCCGGAGGUUGAAGGGCCACUAGAGGUCGUGUUGUUCGAAGGUUGGAUGCUUGGUUUCAAAACUCUACCAAACAAAGUCGUCAAAGCAGUUGACCCACAGCUGGAGAUCAUAAACAAAAAACUCAAAGCUUAUUAUGAUGCAUGGGAUAAGUUUGUACAGUCGUGGAUAAUUAUCAAGAUCAAGGACCCAAGCUGCGUCUUUCAGUGGCGGUUGCAGGCGGAGGUUGCUAUGAGGGCGGAGGGCAAACCUGGUAUGUCUGAUGAAGAGGUGUGUUUCUUCAUCCAUCAUUUUCUUCUACCUUCUUUUAAUCUUGCCUCGUAUCCCCUAAUUAUCUGUACAUGGGCUGAUGUAAUUACCAUUCUUUCUACAAUGGCCGAUUUUAACUUAGACUCGAAACCCGAUUUGUGACUUUUACGGGUUCUACAUCACCUUUUUGAAUCAAUAAAAAAAAUAAAAAUAAAAAA